AUGGCGGACGACGCCGUCACCGACGACGAAGCCGUCGCGGCGACGUCGAAUGAGAUAUUGUCCGCGUCGCCUCUCGACUCCCUGGUCGAGAUUGAGCGCUUCGUCGACGUCGUGGAGACGACGCUCGCGGACGAUUACUCGAGCGACGUCCAAGGUUCGACCGCGCUGGAUAUCGCGGCUAAAUACUGCCGAGACUGUCACGUUUCGUCGCAGCGACUGUAUCACGUGAACGCACUGUCCAAGGUGUGCGAGGGGUUGGACGACGAGCACGCGUUCCCGGUGGAUUUGAUCGCUGAGCUCGCGGAGGACGAUGACAACGAAGUGCGGAGGAGCGUGGCGGCUCAGUUGGAUCGGUUCGCCUCGUGCCUUGGAAGAUUGAGCUCGAGAUUGGAUACCGUGAAUGCGAUCAAAUUGCUGGGGGUGAUGUUUAUGCUGAUAGAAGACGAUUGCGAAGAUGUGAUUGAGGCUGCGGAGAGCACGUGCGGAGCCGUGGCGGCGUUGCUUUCAUCCGAGAAGCAGAGGAGCCUUCUGAUCUCGACGCUCAAGAGCUUCGGGGAGAGUGAGGAGGAGGAGAUUAGGAUUAGUGCGGCGAAGACGCUAGGGAGGCUGUCGGAGGUCGUGGGUUUGGAGAUUACGAAGAGUGAAAUGCUCCCUUGCUUGCUCAACUUGGCACGUGAUGAAGAGUUCAGAGUCAGAGAGGCCGUUGCGUCGGCGCUCAGCGACACGUUCGAGGUAUUGGGCGCACACGAUACAUUAGAUUUAGUUUAUCCCGAGUUUAUGUUUCUGAGUAGAGACGCCAUCUGGGCCGUGCGCGCCGCCUGUGCCAGGAACAUAGUCCAUCUUGUCAAAGCUGUGCCAUCUGACGUGAUGCUUCAAGUGGCUUCGGAGGCGUUUGAACCGCUGGCCAAUGACGUGAGCUUCAAAGUUCGAAGUUCGGCUUUCGAACAACUUGGACCACUAAUCUUCGCGCUGAGCUCCGUGGAGGUACCGAGUAUUUUUGUGGACUACUUCACGAGCAUGGCAGAGAGUUCAACUGUGAAUGGUGCACUGCACGAAACCUGCGCUUACAAUCUACCAGCUGUGGCUCUAUCGCUCACAGAGCUACGUUGGGGCGAAAUACGUCAGACGUUCCGCCUACUUGCGUCGAGUCUGAACUGGAGAGUCCGACGCACUUUGGCGUGCUCUCUCCACGAGGUGGCCAAAAUCAUCGGUAGGGAUAACUCCGAAAAGGAUUUACUACCAAUCUUGGAGAAAAUUCUAGAGGAUACUGACGAGGUUAAAAUCGGCGUCAUCGAACACCUGAGUGAAGUUUGCAACGUGAUCGGUUCGGCGGCUCGGCUUUCAUUGAUUCGACUGUUAUCUUCAAUGCACUCGGAAGACGCAGAAAAUAUUGGCAACUGGAGGAUUCGCUUCGCGCUAGCGGAGCAGAUUCUUCCCAUAGCUGAGUCGCUGAGCGGUGCUGCGAGUGCGGAGUUUCUAUUUCCUAUUUUGCUGUCCUUCUUGCACGAUGCGGCAUCUGUGGUGCGCGAGAAGGCUGUUGAAAUCACUGGACGAGUGCUAUUCAUCGCGGCGAAAGAUCUCACGUGGUACUCUGAAUCGAUUGUGAACGCGCUGUCGUCAAUUAAGUUGCUCGCCACGAGUCAUAGAUGGUCUGACCGCCGGGCGUACGUGAACAUAUGCCUAACUCUGACGAGAGAAGUCGAACAGCGCCUCAUCGUGGACGAGCUCUUGCCCUUGCUGGUGAUGCUCGCCGAAGACACGGCUGCCGUCGUGAGGGUCGCCCUCUGCCAUUUCUUGGACGAAACGCUUCGGUUAGAUCCCACGUAUGCUUCGCUUCCAGAUAUUAGUGCGGCACUGAGUAUACUGAAGAUCGAUGAAGAGGCUUCGGUGCGCGCAGCAGCGGAGCGCGCCGAAGCCGGCUCAACAUCAAAACCGGGCGAGACGUCUGAGGGAUUCACGAGCGCGCGUGAGUUACAAUUCUCGCCGACUGGAUUAUGA